GUCGUCAGUGUGAUCUACGCCGAGCUCCGAGCAUUCACGGUCGGGCGCGUGCUCUCCACUUCUCACCGGGGAGGAAGAAAUACGACGUUGUGCUGUAUAUUCAUCUUUUCACUACGGAGAACGUCGGGAAAAGCGACGGAUAGUCGCUCUGCGGAGGGGUCAAACUGGUUCUUGCUGCAGCCAUUUUGGAUAUUAAAAUUACACUGAGGAUUAGCGCGUGGAAGUUGGCUUGAAUCGUGCUGGCCCUUCCCCAUGAGGAAAGAUGGGGAAUGGCUUUUCGGAACAACCAGGCUUCCUGGCGAGCAUCCCCUUCUUCCAGUCCUUCCAUAUCGCCAUCCUUGGACUGGACUCAGCUGGGAAGACUACCGUGCUGUACAGGCUGCAGUUCAAUGAGUUUGUCAACACAGUGCCCACCAAGGGCUUCAACGCUGAGCGGGUGCGGGUGUCCUUGGGCGGUCACCGCACUGUGACCUUCCAGUUUUGGGACGUGGGCGGCCAGGAGAAGCUGCGGCCGCUGUGGAAGUCCUACACCCGUUGCACGGACGGUAUCAUCUUUGUGGUGGACUCUGUGGACACUGAGCGCAUGGAGGAGGCGAAGACGGAGCUCCACAAGAUCGCCAAGACUUCUGAGAACCAGGGCGUGCCUCUGUUGGUGGUGGCCAACAAGCAGGACCUGAGGCAUUCCCUAGGGCUGCUCGAGAUCGAGAAGCUACUUGCACUCAAGGAGCUAAGCCCGGCAACGCCGUGGCACCUGCAACCCGCCUGCGCCAUCAUCGGGGAUGGACUCAGGGAGGGCCUAGACCGACUCUAUGACCUCAUCUUGAAGCACAGAAAGGUGAUCCGGCAACAUAGGAAGAAGCGAUAAAGACUGAGUUUCAGAUGAAGGAGUGUCUGGAGUCAAAUCCAGCAUCUACAUUGUUGUCUCUGUUCUCUGAGCUUAAAGGUUUGUCAGGCUGUGUUCACACUUGUCAGGUUUAAAAACGAACUCUGGUGCGAUCUUUCAGAGUGUAGUUCGUUUGAGCAAUGUAAACCAUGGUGUGGCACAAGUUCACCUAGAGACUAUUUGAAAACUGUGUUUAAAAACUCUUUCGUUCUGGUAAAGUUAGAACUUGAGCGCCCGGACUGAGGCCGUUUAAUCACUCUGUCUCGGUCUGUUUGCAAGUGAACUCUGGUCAGUUUUGGUUCAUUGGCGCUCAAAUAUGAACGCUACAUAGACCAAAGAGUUGGGCCAAAACUGCUUGAAGACUUGGUCCUGACUUGUUUGCAGUUCAACUUUGGUGGACUUGGACUUCUUGUGGAAUCGCUCUCAACCCACUUGCAAUUUAACUGAUGUUUCAGUUAGUGUGAAGGCUAAAUUUAGUCCAAUGAUGAGAGUACCAGUGGGAGUACAUGGCAAACCAGACUAAAACUGUAAUUCAUGUAUUUUUUUUUUUUUUUUUUGUUG